GGCAUCGCAGAACUCACUACGUAGUACCAUGUCAUCCCCGCGGAUUGUCACGUUCAUCGGGUUGUUGGUGGAUCUCGCACUCUCAGCGAACUGGGACGGAGCCGUGUGAAGGUAUCAGGCAACUGAGGUGCAGCUCGCCUGACUACAAAACGGGCUAUCACUAGCACAGGAUUGUGAUAGGUGCAGCGCGAGAGGGAGUCGUUACGACAACUUGGGUGGGAACUGCAGGCGGGAGCGGUCGAGAGCAGUCGAGAGCAGAGAUCAGCGCCGGUACCGGAUCGUGAACGAGAGGAAUCGGUGCUGUCUGGCGUCCUUGUUUCUAGCUACGUAAUACGAAGUGGAGGCGUGAGGAGAGCGAGCAGUGUAUUGUAAUAGCCUUCGGUGGCUUUUUAGCUAGUAAGCUCCAGGAGCCAAGAGGGGCUCGCUUGGUGAUAGCUGAUUGACGGAGAAGGAAGACGAGCGAGAGUAGAUCAAACAUGGCGCCCAAACAGCAGAAGAACGAGGACUCGGGACCUGCAAUUGGUAUAGAUCUGGGGACCACGUACAGUUGUGUGGGCGUUUGGCAGCACGAUCGUGUAGAAAUCAUUGCUAACGAUCAGGGCAAUCGAACUACGCCUUCGUAUGUUGCCUUCACGGACACGGAGAGACUGAUUGGUGAGGCAGCCAAGAACCAGUGCGCUAUGAAUCCCGCCAACACGGUCUUCGAUGCGAAGCGGCUGAUCGGUCGAAAGGUGAGCGACCCAUCUGUGCAGGCAGACAUGAAGCUGUGGCCUUUCAAGGUGGUGGCGGGCAGCGGGGACAAACCGAUGAUCAGAGUGACUCACAAGGGGGAGGCGAAGCAGUUCGCUCCCGAGGAGGUGUCCUCCAUGGUGCUUACGAAGAUGAAGGAAACUGCAGAGUCGUAUCUAGGGAAAGAGGUGAAGAACGCUGUGAUCACGGUCCCUGCGUACUUCAACGACUCGCAGCGGCAAGCGACGAAGGAUGCGGGCGCGAUAGCGGGAUUGAACGUGCAGCGAAUCAUCAACGAACCAACUGCGGCAGCCAUAGCCUACGGGUUGGACAAGAAGGGGAAGACAGAAGGCGAGCAACACGUCAUGAUCUUCGACCUCGGCGGCGGCACCUUCGAUGUCUCGUUACUGACGAUCGAGGACGGGAUUUUUGAAGUCAAGGCGACCGCCGGAGACACUCGUCUCGGGGGAGAGGACUUCGACAACAGGCUGGUGAAUCACUUGGUCCAGGAGUUCAAGAGGAAACAUAAGAAGGAUAUUAGCGGGAAUGCGCGGGCUCUGCGGAGGCUGCGCACGGCGUGCGAGCGCGCCAAGCGCACGCUGUCGACGACCGCGCAAACGACGAUUGAAAUAGACUCUCUCCACGAGGGCAUCGACUUCUACACGACGAUGACCCGCGCUCGGUUCGAAGAGUUGAACAUGGACUUGUUCCGCAAGUGCAUGGACCCCGUGGAGAAGACCCUUCGGGACGCGAAGAUGGACAAGUCCCAGGUGACGGAGGUGGUACUCGUGGGAGGUUCCACCCGUAUUCCCAAGGUCCAGCAGUUGUUGUCCGACUACUUCCACGGCAAGGAGCUGUGCAAGAGCAUCAAUCCUGACGAGGCAGUCGCAUACGGAGCGGCGGUGCAGGCGGCCAUUUUGGCGGGAGAGACGAGCGAGAAAGUGCAAGAUUUGCUGCUCCUGGAUGUCACCCCGCUCAGCUUGGGUAUCGAGACGGCGGGGGGCGUGAUGACGGUUCUCAUUCCUCGUAACUCUACGAUUCCGACGAAGAAGGAGCAGGUUUUCUCCACGUAUGCGGACAAUCAGCCGGGCGUCUUGAUCCAGGUCUAUGAGGGUGAGCGCGCCCGCACGCGAGAUAACAACCUCCUGGGGAAAUUCGAACUGUCGGGUAUCCCCCCCGCGAGACGAGGUGUGCCGCAGAUCACUGUGGCUUUCGACAUUGACGCCAAUGGCAUUCUGAACGUCAGCGCAGAGGACAGGAGCACCAAGCAGAGGAGCAAGAUCACCAUCACGAAUGACAAGGGAAGGUUGAGCAAGGAGGAGAUUGAGAGAAUGGUGAACGAGGCGGAGAGGUUCAAGGCGGAAGACGAGGAGGCGAGGAAGAAGGUAGAGGCGAAGAACGGGCUAGAGAACUAUGUGUAUAAUCUGAAGAACACGGUGUUACAGGACGACAAGGUGGCUUCGAAGUUGGACUCAGCGGACAAGGCGAAGAUGGAGAAAAAGGUGGAGGAGGUGAUCUCCUGGCUAGAUCGGAACAGCCUUGCGGAAGUGGACGAGUUCGAAGACAAGCAGAAGGAACUGGAGACUGUGUGCAAUCCGAUAUUGUCGAAGAUGUACGCCGCCGGCGGUGGCGCUGGCAUGCCAGGAGGGUUUCCCAUGGGCGACGCCGAGGCGGGAGCUUACGAAAAGGCCUCCGGAGGGUACACCAAACCGUCAGCAGCAGCAGGAGGGAGGGGACCUGUGAUCGAGGAAGUUGACUAAGUUAUUGAAAAGGAGGAGGCUUUGUUAUCCUUCUUCUUUGUUGAAUCACUGGAGUCUUUUGCUGUUGACUCCUUUCUUUGUUUGAAUCACUCAAGUCUUUUGCUGUUUUGUUGUUGUCGAAUCACUCAAGUCUUUUGCUAUUUUGUUGUUGUCGAAUCACUCGAGUCUUUUGCUGUUUUGUUGUUGUCGAAUCUUUGGCAAUUUUCGGAGAUUGUUUGAAAGGAUUGGAGGAGGCGGAGGAGUUGGUAGAAAGGCUUGGGUGGGUGUAAACAUCCUAGUAGGCUAGUAGUAUGCUUGAGGUUGUGUAGAGUGACAGAGUGAGAGAGAAUUGAAAGGGGGGGGUGGAUUCUUGAAUUGCUUCGGAAACGCGAUUGGUGCCGGGAAGUUAUUGGUUUAGAAAUUACCGUAGAGGUGAGGUGUUCUAUUCCUCGAGAAAAGGAUGUGUAGAUAAGAAGCAGAGAGAGGUGGAACAUUGUUUGAGUAGGGGAGGGAACCGAAGAAAAUAGGGGUAGCAAGGUGGGGUUGACGUCAACAACUAUUUACUGUUGAUGUCGAACUCUACCAACCGUAGAAAGGUGGGGUUGACGUCAACAAUUUACUGUUGAGGUCGAACUCUACCAACGGUGCGACGGUUAGAUGAACAUGAUCAUGUGAAUCUGUGACUAUUGAGUUCGUUGAUUGAUGACAGUGUGUACUCGUCUCUCCCUGAGAAGGGCGGGAACUGUUGCGGGUAUGAGGAUACUUGUGACGCAGAGUUUAAGGGAGAAGCGCCUGGAAAUCGUGGCGUCGUCAAAGAGAGAAGAGCGGAAGUGAAGAGGGGUUAUUGUCUAGGUGGAGGGGAUGGAGAGGGGCAGAAGGCGACUCACCUCAGUUCGUCGGCUAUCGGAGAAGUGCGAUCAGGUGCAAAUCUUUUUUUUUUUAAUUGGAAGUUGCAACAUGGUUUGACAUUUGGCCUCGCCGCCCUACUCUCCAAAUGUGCAAAAUGAGAACGAAAUCUUCUCUGCACCAUCAUGGCUGCUGUUACACCGCCAUGUUUUUUGUUUGACAUUUGGCCUCGCGCCCUACUCUCCAAAUGUGCAAAAUGAGAAUGAAAUCUUCUCUGCACCUCAUGGCUGCUGUUACACCGCCAUGUUUUUUGUCUUGUGCAAGCGGAGAGUAGUACAGCGAGGCCCAUUGGCAAGCAAUAAAUUCUGCUUCACAGUUAUAUUUGCUGGUUGGUUCUGUACAAACCGAGUCUUUUUGAAUGUCUAAUCACCUCGUAUAAUGUGGAAACUCGCUUUUGAUUUAUACACACGCUAGGCUAAUCGAAUUCCUAACUCGUUAAGUGCAAAGCAGUUAAUACAUUGAUUUCUGUACGGACUCUUUUCCGCUGUAUUCUGUGCGGACUCCUUUCAGCUGUACAUUGUGCUUCAUUACUAAAUGCCGCACCCGCCAAUAGCCAAGCAGGAAAUGGUGUGUUCUGCCGAAAUGAAAAUGGAUUAUGAUU